CUCUAUUGGUCAGAUUUCCUUAUUAUUAGCUGGCGUUUGAGCAGACGACAAAACACACGAAACCUUUCUAUCUAGUGCCCAUAAUGGAAAGAGUAACAUUGGGAGACAGCGACUUAGCAGUAUCACCAAUCUGUGUAGGAACCUGGCAGUUUAAUGGUGGAGUAGCAGAUGAAACGUGGCCAGCACAGGACGAAAAUGUUUCUCGGGCAAUUGUUGACAAGGCGAUCGAGCUAGGUGUUAACUUCUUUGACACGGCAGAGGCCUACGGGAAUCACAACUCAGAGAAAGUUCUUGCCAGAUGUCUUGCUGGACGUAGGAGAGACGUCAUCAUUGCAUCCAAGUUUGGACGUCAUGUCGGAGGAUCGGUUAAAGAAUACACUGCCACUGACAUUGAUCAAGCCAUUACAGACAGUCUUCAAGCUCUGCAAACAGACUACAUUGACUUGUACCAGGUCCAUUGGUCAGUGAAUAUGAAAGACGUGAAUGAAACGGUAGUAGAGUUGAAACGGCAGCAGGCUUUGGGUCGCAUCAAACAUUACGGAAUCUGUAACUUUGGAUCGUCCAGCAUCAAGGACAUGUUCACAGCUGGUGGAAAACCCUGCUCAUUACAGGUCCCAUACAACCUCCUCUGGCGAGCCAUUGAGUUUGACGUCCUUCAAACCAGUAAAAUGCUCGGCCCAUCAGUUCUUGCUUACUCUCCACUCCAGCAAGGUUUACUGACAGGACGAUUCCACCAAGUAUCUGAUGUACCUGAGGGACGGCGUAGGACUCGUCAUUUCUGUUCAGAGAGUACCUCACUCUCACGCCAUGGUCAGAUUGGGGCAGAGACUGAAACUUUUAAGGCAAUAAGUGCUAUCAGAGAGCUGUGUAACAAGGAGGAUAUCCCAAUGUCAUCUGCCGCCCUCGCUUGGAUUCUGGCUCAGGAGGGUGUUGCAUCUGUCGUUGUAGGAUGUAGAACACCUCAACAGCUUGAAGAUAACUGCAAACUUAUCAAAUUAUCACAGACCAUUCUUAAGAAACUUUCUGAUUGUACAGCUGCAUUGAAAGAGACACUUGGUAGCAACCCAGACAUGUGGGCCAAGAACUCCAGAUAUAAGUAAUUUAACAUCUUAACCAUCAGAUCAGUGACGUUUAAAGUAAACUAGUGGUACCUUAAUGAAGAAUGUCAUCUCAUAUACUGGUUUAUUCUGCCAUGAGUUGAUUUUUUAAAACAUGGGGUUUAUUUCUAAAACAUGGGGUUCUUCCACCCAUUUUUAUGAUUACUAUUCAGGAUUUAUUUUUCAGGAUAAAAGUUUAAUCUUGUUAGUUAAUGCUCAUGAGUCUGUUUCUUUAUAUGUUAAAGCAAUUUAAAAGAGAAAUAUUUUUAGCCAGCCAAAUGGAUCAUUAUAUUGUAAAUUAUGUGUCAAGAAAUAUUAAUCUCCUAGAUGGAGGGAAACAAUUAUGGUUAAUGCGCUAAAUGAGACAAGCCAAAUAAUAAAUGAUUUUAGUUGGCACGUUACACCUGAUGUAAUCAAAAACUUGUUUUAGAACAGUAGACUAUUAAUUUUGUGGGAAAUCAAAUGUGAUUUUCCUUUUGAGGAACCAUUGACGCUUUUUUAUUAAACAGCAAUUAUCCCUGGGUGCCUUCUGGCUGUGGGGGUAUGGCCCCUUUUUUUCUACCCAAAUUUGUGGGCCUGUCAAUUAUAGUAUUUAAUGAUGGUUUCAUUGAAGUACCCAAAAUACUUGACAAUAAUAUAUUCUUUCAGUAGCCUGAUCGUUAAAUUAAUGAAGCUUUGUAUGUAAAAAAAUAUAUAUAUUAUAUAUUUUCCACAAUCUAUUGAAAAUUUUACUGUGAUGGUGGACAAAUAAACAACUUGAUUUUAAUUAUAGGAUUAAUGGGCUUUACCUUUGAGUAAUUUGAUAUUUUCAAAAAGCAAAUAGAAACACUGUUUUUGUUAGUAAAUGUGUCAGUUUUGUAGAAGUUUCGAUUUACUACUGUUUGUAUAAGUGAAACAAUGAGGUGAAAACUAUUAAAUAAU